AUGUCCCAGUCUACCACAGUUCCGAACCAUAUGGUGACUUGUGCUAAAAACACUACUCAGCAUCCUGGACACAUUUUGACUGCGGGUCGUGUAAAAAGACAUACUGUUGCUCAGAAAGCUGCUGAUGACCAGUGUGAACAAGAGGAAAUGGAGGCAAGUGAAGCCGCUGUUCAGGAAGGUUAUCAGCGUAUUGCUACUUUGCAGGCCAAGAUGCAGGCAGAUGAAGAUGCCGCACGGGCUGACACACCUAAGCCCAAGCGUCCCCGUGCAUGCGCUGUAAAAAAGGGUGCAAAGGCCAUGGAGACCUCAACGUUGACCACAGCUCUCAGGAAGCCUGAGGCAGGCGCAGAAAUCGCUGCUCAGGUCAUUGGCACCAAAGGCAAGGCUGGUGGUGGGCGUGGAGGUAGAAAGGUAGCAGCCAGUGCUAAUGUGGAACACCCUGCGAGUGGUGAAGAGUUGAACAUGCCAGUGCCGGGGGCAGCCAGGGGGAAAAAACCAUUCAAGCAGGUGGUGAGGGAUGCGAUUCAAGCAGUUGUAGACGCUGAUAUUAGUAUCGAUGGAUCAACGAUAACAAAGGCACAUGAUGGAGAUAUCACCCCUAAGAAAUUUGCACUUGCUGGACAUAUCCCAGGUUGGAUGUCAACUAUUCCAGCCACCAUAUACAGGCCAGCCUCCAAGGCAAAUCCCUCUACCAGCACGUCUUCCAUCCAGCGGUCCAACAUAUCCAGCUCCGCUCCCCUUUCUAAACUCACAAAGGGGAGCACUAUGAGUAGCAACAGCGCACCCCCACUCACACCCAUCAGUACUCCUGAUCCCGAAGGCCACACGGGGUCUACUUACUCAAGUCUGUUUGCAGACGACGAGUUUGAUGACGAUGAGCCCUCAACAGCUUUUAUGAACCAAGGAUUUAUGUUCGAUGCCAUCGAAAAUUUUGACAACGACUUCCUCACUGGCAUGCAUUCAGAUAUCGACGACGGGGCAGAUCCCAUUGUGGCCGAUUUUACACAGCCUACCUCCCUAGUGGACUACAAUUCCAAUUCCGACUCUGAGUUACAUUCAUCAGCCCGUGAAUCUGACCUCGAGCCCCCACCCCUCGCACAGAAACCCAGCUCUCAUCGCCCUGUUUUAGUAGACUUCGGCUUGCAGCCAGCAAGUCAAAAGCGGAAAUCGACAUAUCUUGAUGCAGACGACGACUUAAUGACACCAUCAUCUGAAGUUGAAAUCAUGGAGAGGCCCGAUGCCAUUAUCCGAGUCAAGACCAAACCUACUGAACCAGUAUCUCUGCACCGGCUGACGUCUGCGACUGGCGUCACUGCCACACUCAAAGCCCCUGCAGCAAAGCAGCUGAAGUCCUCCAUUCCAGACACUCAGACCACUGCCCCUCGUACCAGCGCUGCAUUAUCCAAGGCAACAAAGCCACCAGUGGAGGUCCUCCGUUGUUCUCUCUACAGGACGUGCCACCUUCCUGACGGAUAUUCGACGGGAAACAAGUGGAAGAGAGAGUUCAUCCCGACUGUCCUUCGCUGUGUUGGCAAUCUCGAAGAAGUAUGGACCAUUACUGACAUAGAUUUAUGCUGUGUCCUGCAGUCAGUCUGGAAUGGUGUCUACAAGGGUAAAAUUUAA